AGAUGAGAUCAUAGUUAGAACUAGUACAAUCUACUGUCUUCUCAUGUUUUGCGUCUCUCUCUAUUUGUAUGGGACUUUGCCAAGACUACCGAAACUAUGUACACACACAGCUUAGACAAUGAGGCCUAAAGACAAUAUUCUCUUCCAACCAAAUACAAGAUAGCAUGUAGGAAUGAUUCAUUCACAUGGUGUCGGAAGCUGCUAAAGCAAAUGGUGAAGGCCCGGAAGCAGAGCCGGAUCUAACGUUACAAAAUUGAAAUUUUAUCUAAUUUUUAGUAAAAAUAAAAAAAAAGUUUAUAUAUUUUAUUUUGUAAAUGCUUAUUCUUAAAAUGAAUAAUCAUAAAUUUUAUCUAAUAAUAUAGUUUACUUAAUAUCUUUAACAUUUUUAUGUUUUAUAUAGUAUACAUUUAUAUGUAUAUAAGUUUUUUUUUUUAAAUUGGGGGCCCCAUGAAGUGGGGGGCUAUUUGUAAUGUAACUAUUUGAGCAAGCAGAGAGGAUGGACUCUAUUAGUUUAGUUUGAGCAUUAUGAUUGAUUAAUCUUCUGAAGCCCAUUUGUAUGGAAUUGCCUCCGUCCAAUGAAGACUGCCUCUGUAUAAUGGGCUUUAUUAAGGAGAGGGAAAAAGAUUAUGUUAAUGGGCUUAUGAUAUGAGACCGAGAAUCUACGAGUUUGAUCCAUAAUAUACAUACGUAUUGAUUGCCGUGAAAUCUGGAAAAAAUAAAUAAAAAAGAGAGUAAAUUUUCGAAUCUGUAUAUUUACAAAGGGGGGGAAGGGGGCGGACAUAGAGAUAUUCAAAAUUUGAAAACAGAUUUACUGUUAUUCGCACCCAACUGAUAAGAAGGGAGAGAGGCUAUACGAGAGAUAAGUGUUUUGGUGAAGAAGAAAUGGUUGGAGAGGAAGAAGAGAAAAGAAGAUGGUGGUGGUUCGAGAGUCAUCACAAGACAACGACGACGACCUCCUCUAAGCAUUCUCAAUGGCUCCAUUCCACACUUGCAGAGCUUGAUUCCAAGACCAAUGCCAUGUUGUCGCUUAUUGAGGAGGGUAACGCCGAUUCUUUUGCGCAGCGAGCCGAGACAUACUACAAGAAACGUCCUGAGCUUAUCGCCUUCGUCCACGAUUUCUAUCGUGCUCACCGUUCCUUAGCCCACCGUUUCCAUCACCUUAAAUCCUCCCCUAUCGACCACUCCCUUUCCGAGCUCCUUGAUGAUCCCCAUUCCGAGAUUGAAGACCCUGACGAAGAUGAUGUUGAAGCCGCCUCCUCCACUUCGAAGAAACUGGAACAAGAAAGGUUGAAGCUCAUCCAAGAGAAUGAUGCUUUGAAAAGACAGCUGCUAGAGAAGGACGAAGAGAAGAGAGAGGUCAUUAGGCAGCUUUCCCUUACUGUUGAGACCCUCAAGGACGAGAACUUGAGUCUCAAGAGACGUCUUCUUCCCAGUGUGUCUCUCAAGAAACUCAGCUUUUUCCAUCUCGACUACACGUUCCUCGGGAAGCUGUUCUACAAUGGAAAUGCGCCAUCAUGGUAACCUCAUGAGCACUGUGUACAAUACUUUCUUUAUGUGUUUGAUUCAACACUCUCUUUUUAUGUAAGAUUGAAACAUCUAGUUUCAUGCUCUAUAGUAACCUGGAUUAUCGUAAUUAUCCUCUACCUACUUAAUAUGCAUGUCUUAUUUGUUCAAUCACAACAAGCAAGCGACAGUUUCAGACAUCUACAUGUGAGAUACUUAUUAUUUAUAAUUUCGAUCGAUCAAUUUUGAUU